CGCCGUUCAGAAAGAAAGUGAACCCAAAUAGGUAAAGUUCUCGCCCCAUCCAGCUGGGGUCGCUGUCUUUUGAGCGCAAGAAUAAAGAAGCGCCGCUUUUCGCUUCGAAGCUCGUAUUCUCAAUUUAAUCACAUUCAGUUAGACUUUCUCCUUUCGCUUUUCUCUCGACAUUUCCCUCAUUCUGUUGUAUGUAUGGAGUCUACUACUGUAUAGUUUUGUAUAUUUAUAUCCCCGCCAUGAAUAGAGGCACCAUACUCCACAGGGCCGUCAAGCUCAAGCCUGUGCUGCAGGCGGCAGUGGCCCUCGUGUUGGUAUUCUCGUUGCUCAGUUUAUUCGCAAACUACACAAAUGUCACGGCCUCAGUCAACCUUUCCAAGCCUCGACCGACAGUCGGCAAGGUUAUGAUGAUCUACGGCAACAACACUGUUUACGAGCGAGCAGUCGAGACGCACAGAGCGCAUUGCCUCAAACAAGGCUACCCGCUCUUCCUUUUGCAAAGGCAAGUGGUGGAUGGUGUAUGGAACAAGCUCGCAUACCUCAUCUACCUCAUAGUGCAGGAGUUGGAAAAGCCGCCGGAAGAACGAUUGGAAUGGUUAUUCUGGGCCGACAGCGACACGAUACUUACGAACCCCAAUAUGAGGCUCGAGACCUUCCUUCCUCCACCCCACCUGACCGAUGUCCAUCUUGUCCUUACAACAGAUUGGAAUGGAAUGAAUGCCGGCGUAUUUCCGAUACGCGUCCACCCAUGGUCUAUCAGCUUCCUCUCCGCCGCAGUCGGCUAUCCCAUCAUGAACCCCGAUGCCACACUCAUCUGGGCCGAGCAGUCCGCCAUGGUCAAAGUCCUCGAGGAACGCAAGGAGCUAGCACAGUCUGUCGUCUACGUACCUCUGCGGUGGUUCAACGCAUACAUGGCUUCCCCGGAUGGCGAGAACCUGAAUCCUGAUGCGUCGGAGGAUCUACAGUUCCACCCUGGUGACCUCCUUGUUCAUUUCCCGGGCACCGGUAGCGCCAAUCUCAAUAAAACCAUGACCCCGUACUUCAACAUCGCAGAGUCUCAUCGUCCAAGCUGGGAACUUCCGAUGGAGGAGACGGUGUAUCCUGCCGAAACAGCCGAGUUUUGGAGGUUAUACAGCGUCGAGCAUGGUAUUGCAUAUCCUAAUACGACAUCUAUUCAAGAAGGAAUGCCCGGUUCGCGACCUUGAACUUCUCAGAGGAUAUUUCUUAUAUAUACAUUAUAGAUUUUGAUCCUGAAAAGAUAUUCAUACAUCUUGCGUACAGGACAGGAGUCAACUAUAGUUAAUAAAUGCUAAUUGAAUACCCGGCUAUCGUGUAUAUUAUCAUAUUCGUCGCCAGGAAUAUAGAUUCUGGUAUUGUAUGAG